AUGGCUAUGCCUGCAGCUCAUCGGAUGCCCAAAAGCUUCACCUCCGGCUUCCUGACAGUCCCGGAGCAGAGAAAUGAUAUGGGCGCGUUUGCUAGGAUGCCUCCGUUGACAUCGGUGAAGGAGAUGCGGAUGCCGCUGACAAUUCGCCAGCGUCGUCUAGUUUCGGGCAAGAGAGCCAAACUUCUCCCAGAAUCAGGGACCUCAAGAGAGGCGGGACCAAAGGAGGUGAACAGCAGUAGUGAUGCGAAACUGCCGGACCCUAAAAUUAUCCUUCCGGAUAACUACGAGGAAUCAUUGCCACAAUUGAGGACAACAAGCCACGACCAACAGGACGUGCAGAGCCUGCAGAACCAGCAGGACCAAUACGACCAGCAGACGGAGCAAGAUCAUCUCGGAGAAAAAUCGGCCGAGGCUAUGGCUGCAGAAUGGAUGUGCUGGCUUAAAAUCAUGGUCCCUGACACGAACAUUCAGUGGUACGUGACGGACAACAGAAACGAGAUCUACAAGUUCUAUGUGGAUUAUCAGAUCAUAAAGAGUCUCUGGGAUGGGUUUUCAGGAGGCAGUCUGAUACAUUAUGUUUGGCGUGUGAAGGAGAACUCAUCACCAUCACCACCUGCCGCUCUCAUCAAAUUACCCAUCGAAAUAGGAAUGAUGAUCUUCAAUGAGCUCGACGUUCCCGACCAAGUGUGUCUAGGGCUGACAAGCAAAGCCUUGGCAAACAUCACCCGCCACCUGAACGGUGGUUACGGCGUACUAUAUGACAGUUCUAUGAGACUGCAGAUCCUCUUCAGGUUGGAAUCGUGGAUGACAGGCGUGCGCCGGUUGUGCAUGGCCUGUGGAAAAUAUUUCCCACUCGAGCCGCUGUUCUGGAAGGAGCGGAAGCGUCAAGGGCGGUGUAGGACGCGUAGCAUGGUGUAUGGACGCGUGGAUGCGGAUUUUGAGUUCCAGGGGGAGACGUGUCCGGAGUGCGCAGCGGCGAUAUCAUGGGGAAAUAUUGCGAUGGCGCAUAUUGGAAUGCAAAUGGCUGUUCGCUAA